AUGGAGUUCUGGAUAGACGACGAGCUGCCAGAUACUUGCAUAAGGCUCUCCAAGGAUUCCAUGAUCCUGGCCAAAAUCAACACAAAAUGCGGCAUAGGCGUUGCGCAAGUCUUGGAAGUUCUGGAGGAUCCGCAUGGCGAGGCAGGGCUGGCAGUGCGCUAUGGGUGGUUCCCAGCGGAUGUGGUGGACCUGAAAUUGCUGGACUUCCCAAAAGUCUCUGUGCAGUUCCCGCGCCAGGUGUUCUGGCAGAAGGACGACUGCGAAGACGGGGUCCGCCACGUUAGCGGCCACAAUGAGGGAAGGGCAUGGAAUGAUGUGCUGAGCUGGACGCACGUGGGGGCGCCCUGUGUGGUCAAGCACCGGUCUGUGCUGACGCCAGAAGAGCUGCAGGCCUGCCGGCAGCCCCUGCCAGAGAGCGAGGUGGCUGCCUCCUUGGACCCGGACCACCCCGAGAUAUUUUUUUACAGCAUGCAGUACGACCACACAGUGAAGCGCUUCGAGACAGAGUGGCUUGAGCGCGAUGCUGGCAUCAAGGAGGAUCCCUUGGGCUGUGAGGGUCCUCUGAUAAUGUGGGAUGCAUUCUGUGGCGCUGGCAAUUGCUCAAAGGGGGCCCAGCUGCUGACAGAGGCUGUCCGCCGCGCGGCUCAAGCACUGGGAAACUCCACUGCUGCAAAGCGCGGCUUCGAUGUCAAGGUGGGCAUCGAGUACGACAAGGAGAUCUUCGGCUCCUACCUGGACAACACCAGUGGAGGGGACAUGGACUUGGGCGAAUUCAUGUCUCUGGAGGCUUUCGUGGAAGGCGAGAAGUAUCAGGAGACAGGGGAGAUGCCAAAAUGGGGGGUGCCGCCUAAGAAGGAUAGUGUUCAUCUGCUGCAUGCGAGUCCCCCUUGCCAGAGCCUCUCCAAGCUGAACAUGUUUUCGGAUGAGGGCAGUAUUGAGAACAAGCUCUUCCCGAUACUGGAGCAGCUGGUGGAGCUGGUGCGGCUGAUCAGGCCGACCUUCUUCACUCUGGAGGAAGUGACCACCUUCCUGAUGCAUUGGGCGCCCCUCGCUGGCAAGCAGAAGGGCAGUGGGACAAAAGUGGUGCGCUGUGUGUGGGCGAUCGUGCUGCCUCUGCUGGACGAGGGCUAUCAGAUCGACGUGCGCAUCCUCAACGCGGUGCACUAUGCAGUACCCCAACUCAGAAAGCGCCUCAUCAUGUUUGCUGCCAAGCCGGGCUACGUUCUUCCCAGGCCGCCCACUCCCUGGACGCACUACGACGCGAACCCGGACGAUGCCGAGGAGCCCUCUGACAGUGUUGAUAUGCCGGAGAAGCGGGGCCGCCGCGGCUGCAGCUUGGUGGAGAACUGCAGGGACAAGGCGCUGCUGAACGUUCCUCCGAGCUGGGAAAAGCCCUGCUGGGCAUCGGUGGCCGUCGGAUCGGCCGCCGCGCAUGCCGGGCCGGCCGGGCCGCUGCCGGCCGCGCUCACCGCGCGCGACGCCAUCGACGACCUGCCGCUCUCCGUGUUGCCCGGCCAGGGCAUGCAGACACACCAGUAUGGCCGGGGCUGGAUAAAGAAGCAGACCGACUACGUCAAGUUUCUGCGAUCUGAGGAGGACAAGUGCUUGUACCACAACUGGCUGCCGAAGGCGGAGAAGAACACUCUCAAGUGCCUGAACAGCCCCGAAAAGCGCUCGGACUAUGACCAGCCGUACCCAACCAUCUUCGGCUCUGUCAGCCACCACGCAGCUCACAUGCUGUGCCCGCGGCCCGAUUCGAACCGGCUGUGCAGCGUAGCAGAGAAGAAGCGGAUGCAGUGCAUGAUGGAUGGCAUGCGACUGGGGGGGCACAUCUCGAAGCAGAUGCAGCAGGUGGGCAACGCUGUGCCGAUGCUGCUGGCCUGGGCAAUCUUCGGCGCGGUGUUCGAGGCGGCCUACGGCGUCGAAGCACCCCUGCCGGACUUUGUCAAGCAGCGCCAGAUCGCGGCCGGCAAGCGCGCCGCCGAGGCACCUGCCGAGGAAGCUUCCUUGGAGACCCUGAGCAUGGAAGGCAUGGAGAACGGGGCGCCAUCAGCCGAGAGCGACUUGGUGCGCCCCGACGAGGAGGCCGGCCCCAGCACCGCGCACGCCGCGGCCUCGGCGCCGCGAAAGCCGGCGGCCGCCCUGGGGCCCCCGACGCCGGAAAAGCUGCCGCAGCCGCCGCCGUCCCGGCGGCCGUGCAAGGCCGCGGCGGCAGCCGCCGCCGGUGCGGGCGCGGCAGCGCAUGUGCCGGCAGCUGCUGGCAAGCAGAGCGCGAUUGCCGGUCUGGCCGACGCAGCCGUCGCAACCGAAAGAGCCGCGGCGAAGCCGCCGGCACGCCGCGUCCGGACCGCUUCUGUCGAGUCCCCGACGGCCGCAGCGGCCGAGGCACUGCAGGAGCUGGCAGAGGAGAACACGCCGAAGCGGCAGCGGGUCGGCGCUGCUGUUGAUGAGGAAAUCCCACGGCAUGUUUUGCGCAUCAUGGGCAGCCCCGGCGGCCGCGGCGGCUCGCCGGGCCACCCCCGCGGCGUGCGCCAGACCAUCGAGUUCUACAGCCACAGCGAGCGCCCAAUCAGCCUUGCGCCGACGCCAAAGAGGGGCUUGCCAGCGCCAAGGCACCGCCCGGGUCACGCCAGGCGCUCGGCCAGCCCGCCACCGCUCAGCCCGUGGGCAGGGCGCGCCCCGCGGAGCCCGGCAAACAGAGAAGUUCCCCCCGCCUCGGUUGCCAGCGCCACGGGUGGAACCAGCGUUCCCUCAACGGCGCAGCCGUCCCCGGCAGCCGCCAGCACUGCUCCCCUGGACGCUCCUCAGCACCCUGCGCCUGACCGCGCAGCUGCCGCGGGCAACACCGCUGCAGCCGAGAAGGUCAUCCCUGAUGACAAUGGCUCCGCGACGGCAGAGGCCCCUGCAGCAGAGGUGGGCCUCGAGUCUGGCAGCCCCCGGCAGCUAGACGGGGGGAUGUUCCCUCUUGACAGGAGCCGCACGGCGUCACCGGCCCGGCUGGCCGCGGCGGCCGCCGGCAAGGCAAGCGCCGCCGGAUUUGAUGACGACGCGGCGCCGCCGAACACUCAGGUGCAUCAGGCAAUGGCGGGCAUUGGGGCGCUGCUGGGCCACUUGGAAGGGACACCCGCGAAGCACCCGGCAGAUGCGGAGAAUGCGCGGGGCUCAGAGGCGGAAGAGGAGGUGGACAUUGUGGGCUGGGGCCCAGAGGAUGCUUUGUUGCUCGAGGGCAAGGCGGCGGCCAAUGCGUUGGCCGACGAGAUGGCGAACGGCGCGGUGCGCAGCGCGGACGCUAUCUGCGACCUGACCUCCGACGACAUGCGCAUCUUUGAGGAUGGUGCACAUGCAGCGCCUGAUCAGGACGUGGCAGCUGCGCCAGAAAAGGACGUGGCAGAGGCGCCAGAACAGGCGGCUUCCGAGCCGCUGCAGCCGCCGCCGCUGCCGGCGCGGCCGGCCGCCAGUGCGCAGGCAGCCCCGCCAACUCAGGAACCAUCAUGGCUUGAAGAAGAAUUCGGCCCGCCCGGCCCCUACCAUCAGCGGCCGGCUCAUGCAGCCGCACUGGGACCGAGCCCCAGCACCGGCGCUGCAGCGGCCGGUGAGACCUCCUUAAGUGGCGCUCAGGCUUCCCAGCCGGCAACGUCCUGCGCGGCUGCGGCUGGUGGCAGCAAGGCCGUCACCUGCCCCGGCACCGGCGCCGGCCGCACAGAGGAGGGAAUAUCCGUCACCGAUCCGAUUGCCAGAGCCCCUGCUUCCAGUGCAGGCGUCGCAGCUGCUUCGGUGGGCGGCGGCUUGUCUCUGAGCGGUGCGGCAGAGCGUGAAGAUGUGGUGGAGCGUGGGCAGAGGAGCAAGUGCGGAGAGGCGUCCUCGGAGGAAGGCGACAUUGAGAUCAGCUUGUCCCUUGACGAUUUCUGA